AUGGAGGACAAGAUAUUGGACACAAUCCUCCGUUCAGAGAUUGACAGCUUGGCAGUGGAUUUAGCAGACUUUUAUGAUCAGGACAUCUAUGAUAUCCCAGAUCCCGGGGUGCUUAUAGAAAAGAAUGAAUUGGGUCUGUUGGGAGGACCAGAGGUACCACAGCUCUUUACCAAUAGCCAGAGGUGGCGGAGUAUGUCACUGCGUUCCCGUGCCAGACUGCUGUGGCUACACCUACGUGCAUACCUCCAUGACAUUGUGGAAAAGGAGAAGAGGGCAGAGCUGAGGGUUGCACGCAUGACACAUGGGCUGGAGCCACUGCGUCGCCUCGAGGUGGAAACUGGACUGUGCUCCGUAGCGCAGGAUCCAGCGGGUGAACGCUUCAUGGUACUAGAUGGUGACGGUUACCUGCACCAGCAUACCAAGGAUGGCUGGGAGCAGGCAAAGCUGAAGCCUCCUGUUGUGCUUAAUGGGCUAGCGACUGUGUCUGGCCCUCUGGGAGAAUUAGGCCGAUUUGUCGGCUGGGGCCCAGCUGGACUAAGCAUAUUAGGGGAAGACUUCCGCCUGCUCUGGCUGAGCCAGCCACGGGUGAGGAAGUCACCGGACCAGGAGCCUUUUUGCUGCUUACCAGUUCCCACCCUGGGUCUGUUGAUUGUGGCCCAGAUGGGUGGCAGCCUGGAGCUCUGGAAGUUCCGUUCGGGUGGUCGCCGCCUGGUACCCUGUGGUUCACCUUUGCAGCCACCACCCAGCUUGGCUGGCUCGCUCAAGUGUCUGGCCCUAGGGCUGGACUCUGACCACUGCAGUUGGCAUUGCUUUGCUGCCUAUGGCUCGGCGGUGCUCACUUUUGACCUGGACGACUGGGCUCUCAUAAACGUUAGCGAGGAUCUGCAUAAAACCAUCAUCUCAGAUCUGGAUUACUGUGAGGAGAUAUUCGCUAUGGUGACAGCUUCCCGGGAUAGUACUGUGAAAGUGUGGGAAGCUGACUGGCAGAUCCGGAUGGUGUUUGUAGGACACACAGGCCCAGUGACAGCUAUGAUGGUGCUUCCAAACAGCACGCUGGCAGUGUCUGCCUCACAGGACGGGACAAUUCGCACAUGGGACUUGCAGGCCGAAGCUCAGGUGGGAGAGGUUGCUCUGGAUUACUGGACCGAAGGCAUAAUCUCUGAGAAAGUGAGCCGUUUGCUGGCUCCUGCAAGUCCUGGCUGGCCGGUGCUCUCUCUCUGCUCAAAAAGCAUAGGGCUCUGGCGUGUGCGUAUCCUCUAUUCACCAUUAGCACAGCUUUCCGCACCAGUGCUCCACAUACAGGUGGCGCCAGUGCUGCCAGCACCAACGGAGCCAUCUCUGCCUGCUCGCCUUGUAUGCGCCUGCGCAGAUGGGUCGGUCUACCUGGUGUCAGCUACUACAGGACGAACUGUGAGUUCACUUCUGCUGGAGCCGGAAGACUGUGCUGCUGGGGUGGUUUAUUGUUUGUCUCGAGAAGCAUUGUGGGUGCUAACACGCUCAGGGCACCUAGUGCGCGCCAACGCUGCACGCUGCCCCAUGGUGGUGGUACACCGCCUGCGCCCACCUCUACCCCCAGCGCCGCAGCCUUGCUGCCUGCACCUCUACAGUCAUCUUACAGACCCUCAGAGUGCAUUCGCUUGCUGGGAGAUGAUGCGCGAGAAUCAGGGUGACAUGCUCCGCAGUGCCAUUGCCUGGGCCUGGAAAAAUAAGAAUAGGUUUCUACCAGUGAUGGGGCACUCAGAUGGCACACUGUCUGUGUUGGAUUGGCGCACAUCAACGACAAUCUUUGUCACAGAAGCGCACAGCCCAGGGCCAGUGACUGCUAUUGGGUCCACCUGGAACAGCAUUGUGACUUCAGGUGCCGAUCUGACAGUAAAGAUGUGGCGCGUGUUCCCCUAUGCUGAGGAGUGCCUGAGCCUGCUACGCACCUUUUCCUGCUGCCAUCCGGUGGUAAUGCUCUGUGUCCUGGGGAAGCGCAUCACUGUAGGCUUCGAGGAUCCAGAGAGUGCCACCUAUGGCCUGGUGCAGUUUGGCCUGGGUGACAAAAUGCGGUGUGACCACCGGCCACAGGAUGACCCUAUGGAUCAUAUCACCGGCCUGUGCUGCUGCCCCACCCUUAAGAUAUAUGCCUGCUCUAGCCUGGACUGCACCAUCCGAAUCUGGACCAGGGAGAAUCUCCUGUUACGGCUCCUGCAGCUCGACGGUCCCCCUCAGGCCCUGGCCUUCUCCAGCAAUAAUGGAGACCUGGUCUUCUCACUAGGCGCCCGCCUCUACACAGUGUCCUAUAAGACCUACUUACCUACAUCCUACCUAGUUAAGAAAUUGUGUCUGAAGACCACUGAUGUGGUAAAUGACCCUCCGCUGCCACUGACCAGCAAGAAGCCACUGACAUCCAGCCAGUUGCAGAGGCUUGCCAGUCUACAUGGAGCAGCCAGCUUAAGUGUGGCCCUGCCCUUCGGUUAUUACAAGACACCAAUACUUCAGCAGCCAGUGUUGAAAGAGGACUUGGAGGAUAUCAUAGCCCGGGAUCAAGACCUUCAAGAACUGAGGCAAGGGCUGGUGGUUCCGGCAGCUCGGCCCCCACUCUCCCCGAAGCAGCGCGAUGAAGCCUUUGACAAUUACUUGCAUCUGAUCUAUGGGUCUGAACUGAUGAUGGAUGGAAUUUCUGAAAGGGAGUCCUCACAGUGGGGCACUGCAGCCCCAAGCACAGAGAAGGAGUCACCGGACAUGGAAAUCCAGCCUGGGACUGCCGCCAGUGUUGGGCAGGCUGCACUUAGCAUUGAUGUUCAGGCAGCAUCCCCACCCUCAGCCCCACAAACCCCAAGAGCUCCGGGAAGGCGCUUUGCCCGCCCUCCUCGAGUCUCCUUACCCAUUCCACCCACCCACCGGAAGGUGCAUAGCCGGGCAUCCCAGCUUCUAGCGCGUUCCUCGCUGAGCUAUGAGCUGGGCCUCGGCUUGGAUCUGCAGGUGCAGUGGGAUCAGUUUGGAGUUAAGACCACGGACCUGGACAAAUCAAUCGACUAUAUGAAGAAUAGGGUUCCACUGUUGCUGCCAAGAAGGCCCGCAGAGCCUCUCUCAAAGCUCACGGGCUUCUUUCCUGCCACCGUAAAACCCUACAAGCUACUCUCUAGGCCCAUCCAGUUUCCUGGCUGUGUGCCCAACUCCGUGGUACUGCGGCAAAUGUGGUUGCAAGCAGAGGUCAACUGUCUUGGUUCCCUGGAAGAACUUGGUUCCCAGAGCAAAUUCAAGUCCUCCGGAAGCGACGACGACAAGUGGUUAAAGCGCCGGAAGCGUUCUUCUGGCAGGUGGCGAACUAAACUGUUCGGUUUGCUCCGGCUGACAAGGAGGAAAACAGGAGCCGAGGAAGGGGAGGAACAGGAAGAGGAAGAAGAGGAGGUGGAGGUGGAGUACAUCUCCUCUUCCGGAGCUUCUGAUAUGGAGCCAGAACGCUGGGAACCAGACACGGAAAGCACCACAGAUUUGAUCUCAAAAUUUUACAAUGAAACCUCCAAGUCUAAGGGCUACUCUCAUCCCCGACACUCACUCUUGGAAGAUCGCUAUGGGCAUUUGCCCAAGUUCCUGCACUAUUUCGUUGUCCAGAACUGGUUCAAGAAACUGUUCCCUAUCUUUACCCUGGAGGCCUAUCCAGAGAUGGGCACAAUUGAGGGCUUGUUCUCCAUGUUAUUGGACUUCCUGUUACAAGCGACCUGGGACGACCGAGUGAACAUUCUAAAUGGCCUGCUGAGGUUGUUGCCUGAUGUAAGUGGCAACCUCCGAAUCAGGCUGCAGGCCAAACUCUUGUACUUACUCAACCAAGAUGAUCCCCCCAAGCUCCAGGACCGGACUCAGAAGGAGUUUGUGAUGCUGGCGCUGCAGUUGCUCAUGGCCUGCAGCCUGGAUGUCCUUGAUGUGAUAUUGGAAAUUAUAUCCUACUACCUGUACUCUCCAGCCAGCUGCCGGGAAGAACUCAAGAAUUUGCUGGAGGGGAUGGGACUCUAUGACCCAGAUGGCUUACUGUUCAAGGAAAUUAUGACCUGGGUUGAGGACUUGAAACUUGAAUCCAAGGAAAUGAUACGCGCGCAGUGUCAACAGAAGCUUGAAGCAAUUUUUCUCCAGAUGCAAAACUUGGAGCAGUCCACAGUCGGCAUUUUUGUGGAGCCUUCCAGACAGGCCUCACAAACCUCCCUCAUUUCUGGAGCAACCUUGCCUGCCUUGAGCACCUCUUGGACAUUCUCACAAGCAUCAGAAAUGUCCUCGCCUUUUCAAGAGUCAUUGAUGUCGUCCGUGCCUUCACCUUCGGCGCCUAUGGAACCUAUAGAGCUGACGGACUCUGUGGGAUUCCCAGAACUCCCUGCCACAAGCACAAAUGCGCAUUUGCGUAUCCAGAAAACCAAGAAGGCACUUGCUGAUAUGCUGCAGAACUUCUGCCUCGAGGAGUCUGCGUAUGCUGCUGGGCCUGGUGCGCCAAGAAGAGAGUCCUCGCUGGCGCAGUCACCGUGGUCACACCUUCAGAUGGUGGACAUGUUUCCUAUAGAUAUGCUUAAUCUCUUCUGUGAGAGGCUGCGGGCACUGCAGAAGCGAUCACUGGUGGUGGAGGAGGAGGAGGAGGAGGAGGAGGAGAAGGAGCACCUACCAGAAUCACUCAGAGACCAGCCAAGGCCCAACGUUGUGUUGCGGCCACCCCGGGAACGCUGGCUCUAUCCGAUCCUCCGUCUGCAGGAGGCCAAGACACGAGGCUUUAGUGUGAGUCUCAGGGAUCGCAAGACGCGGAGGAAGAAGCUAACUCCUGGCAGUUCUAUCCGAAUGCUGAAGCUGCCAUUGCCACGAGUGAACUUACAGCCCUUUCCCCCAGGCUGGCCUACACCCCCACGGGCACUGCCCCCGCUCCUCCUUCAGCCUACACUUCAACGUUACUUUCUGUUCCGAAAUACAGACCCUGCUGCCUACAGAUGACCUUGGGAGACAGCUAGCCAAGGCUCCAUGGCCAAGACCUAGUUCUACCAUCUUGGCAAAUCACAAUACUAUGCUCUAUCUAAACUAAGAAAUAUAUAUCUAUUUACUUAU